UAGUGAAUGUGCUCGCUGUCAUCACAGAGAGCUUCAGGAAACUUCCUCCUCUCCCCGUUUGUCAGCUCAGCUCCACAAGUGGGUGUUGGACAAUGAUGCGACCAAAGGACCUGCGCCAAGGCUCUGGCACCAAGACCUUUCUAGAUGCAAUGCAUGGCGGUAAAGUCCACCUGGCUCGCUUUAUCCUGGACGCCUUGGAUGGGCGCAUCAUCAACUCAAAGACAGAAAACAGCCGCACCCCUCUCAUAUACGCUGUCUGUCUGCAAGACCCUGGAGCCAGAACCAAGUUCACCAGACUGCUGCUGGAGAAAGGGGCAAAUGUCAACUGCCAGGAUGAGGACGGACGCACAGCCCUGAGCUACGCCUGUGAGAUGGGUUACUUGGACGUGGUCAAACUUCUUGUGCAGUUCAAUGCUGACCCGGACGUCUCAGAUGCCUGGGGUAACAGCCCUCUUAUGUAUGCUGCUUUUUCUGGACACAGCCAAGUUUUGGAGUUCCUGGUGAGAGCUUUCAAAAGACUGGGACUAAAGCUGGACAGGACCAAUAAUGCCGGUCACUCCGCUUUGGAGAUUGCCAGCUUCUUUGGACACAACCAGUGUCUCCAGGUUUUGAACUUUCCCUGCAGGAGGGUUGCCAACAAAGAUGAUCCACUUGCUGACGUGGCCACCACCGUUGAAGUAGAGUGCCAACUGCCCAGUCGGCUCCCGAGGCAUCUUCUGGAGAGGUUUUCCAAACAGUCGGCGAAUGACGAGCAGCUGCCAGACGUGUUUCAGAAACAAAUGAAAACAGGAGACAGCGGUGGAUCGGGGCAUCAUUUCAGAUGCACUAGAAGCCAGUGUCAAGAGGAUAAUCAUCGCCACAGCUGGGCUCUGCCUCCUCAGAUCGAAAACACUCAGAGUGAGGCGGAUCGCAGCGUUCUGUUCACGGCCAAACAGCUGCAAAACUGCCAGCUUAGAGAGCCGAAGGGGUCAAAAAUAAUGAACUCUCUUCCUGAGCAAAGCCAGAAAAAUGUCAACCGAGACACUCAACUUCCAGAGCAAACGUCAGAGAGUUUUCCUUUCUGGGGAAAGGCAAAGUCAUUUAACCUGGACCUCGUGAGCAGCAGAAAGCAGUCCUAUCAGGGUGAUGUGUGUGACACGAACCUGUCAGCCAGCAAAUUAAAGAGAGCCUCGCUACAGGAUGAGCGAUGCCUGAUAGACAAGAGGGAAUGUCAAGGGAACACUCGGAGCCUGACAAAUGAUGGCAACAAAACUGUUUCAGUGCCAAAACCUCUUUUAAACAGCAAGGGGCAGUCUGUGAAAGCACUCCUGGAGAAUGUGAAGUCGCAGAACGAAGAGGCUAACUACACAGCUCAAUUUACCCGGAGAGAGUUGCAGAAGAGGGGAAGCCUCGGCUCGACUUCCAGACCCAACAAACUACUUUUUGCCCGAGAAGAGAUAGAGGCAGAGAAGAUCCCCAGCCACGCUCCGGGGUUCAUGGGCCUCGGGACCCGACUUCUGCGUCGGUUCACCGCGCCGGACUUCAUGAGGAUGGUGAUGGACUGCUCGUCUGGCUCCUCGAGCAGAAGAAGUCGGAUGUCCCGCUCUGAAACGUUCCCUCUGUCACAAUCGCACCAGCAGGUCAACGGUCAGCCGAGUGUUGACAGCAUCAGCGCCGUGAAGUGUGAAUUUGAAAGCCACUCUUCUCAGUCCACCUUUGAUUAG